AUGAUUGGAGGAAGCAAGCACACUGGAGGCUUCCGCCGCCACACUGAGCCUUUCAUUUUCGAAUGGGCCGCGGAGCAGACCUCACAAAGGAGGAAUAUUGGUGGGUCAUUGGACUACACGACGGUGGGGUGUCGUUACUUGAGAAUUCGAGGACAACAGAGCGCUCACGACCAGCAGCCCGGCGCGCAAUUAAGGCAGAGCGACGACUGUGGCGAGCCGCUGAGGGCAGGAAGACGACCCGUGCUGUUGGAUCGAGAC